UUCUCCUUUCCCACCGGUCAGAUGCAUAAAAGGGCGCGGGGACGAGGCCCCGCAGUGUCGCCAUGUCCCCGCUGUGCCCCCUGCUGCUGGCCCUGGCCCUGGCGGCCGUCCCCGGCGCCCGAGCGGCCUGCCCGGCAGCCGCGGACCUCAAGAAGCCCGACGGGACGCGCACGUGCGCCAAGCUCUACGACGAGAGCGACCCCUACUACGAGAACUGCUGCGGGGGCGCCGGGCUGUCGCUGGAGCCGGGAGCCGACCUGCCUUUCCUGCCCUCCGACUGGACGAACGUCGCCUCCUCGCUUGUGGUGGCCCCGCGCUGCGAGAUCACCGUGUGGUCCCGACGCGGCAAGGCCGGCAAGUCGCGCAAGUUCUCGACCGGCGUCUACCCGCGCCUCGAAGAGUUCCGCAAGGGCAUCCUCGGCCACUGGUCCAACACCAUCGCGUCGGUCUACUGCAGGUGUUACUGAUGCCUUAAAGAUACUUCAUCUUCAACCCCCACACGGGGCAGAGCCCCUCGCCUGGCCUUAUCACCGAGGUCUGCUGAAGGCCCCAACCCCCAGGAGGAGAGAACUUCUGCCUGCCCCAGCCCCACCCCAACCCCGCCCCGCGCCUUCCCUGCAAUAUAGCCCUUUUGAAGUUA